ACUCACCAGUUUCUGCCAGACAGGCUGACCCCUUUUUUUGCACUGGAUGACCAUAUAAGCAUGAAAACUUUUCAAUUUUUGUUUCCAUGAGUUUUUCCUUUACUUUGUAGCUGAAGAUGGCAUCCAAAAAGCAAAGCAGAUCGAAUGAGGCACUGGUAACCACAAAGAUAAACAAACCUGUGCAAAAAGACAAAGAAAAUGAGCUCAGAGGAUGUAUUGGAGGCAAGCAGAACUCCAGCAGCGCUCCUAGGACUGCUGGUGGGAAAAGCAGCCAAGGAAGAGACUCGACAGCAACUGGGAGUAAAGCUGCUGGUAGAAGAGGCAGCGGCAGCCACCAGACAACCAGACCAACAUCAGAACCAGCAAAACCAGCACUCCGCCUGCGGAGCAGCCGCAGCUUUUCCUCCCUGCAAGCCUCUUCUCUGACCAUCGCUCCGUUCAUGAGGAGCAGCCGCUCACUCAGCAGACUUGAUGAACGAUCCACCGAAGAUACAUAUUAUACCAGUGCAAGUUCACAAGUAAGAAAAGGACAAAGUACUGGGAAGAAAACACUGGAUUCUGGGAGGCAAUCUUCUUCGGUGGAGAGAUUUACAAGCUCCGCUCCAUCCUCCUCCUCUGUGGUCUCGACUGCCAUAUGUCAUCACCAGACCACCAAAGAAAAGAAGCAGAUCAAAGAUGGGGUGUACACACUGUGUGCAAUGACCGCUGGCAUGAAGCACAACUGGGUGCAAGCAGUUUUUAAGAACGUGCAGCCCAAUCGUACACAAGGAGACCAAAGGAGGGCAAUUCUUUCCCGCAGCUCCGUUGCGGAGAAUGAAGAAGAUGAGCUGGAAGACUGCGAAGAGUCACAUGAACAAGAGCUGACGUCUCAGCAGCAGCUAGAGGGAACGCAAAGCCCGGCCGAUUUAGACCCGUCAUCCCCUCGUCCCCCUGUUUCACCCUCUUCUUCACCUGCUGCAGCACCUGCAAAUCCUCCACAGCAGGUGGAGGAGACUGAAGAAGCCCAGUGCCACCCUCCUGUGGAAACCAAUGAGACUGACACGUCUAUAUCUGUUGAGGGAUUCCAGAGCGACGACUCCUCUUCUACAGUGGUGCUGUCCGAUGGCGAGGAUUUCCGGAAACAUGCAGAUACAGAGACAGCAGCUGAGCAACCGGGUUCACAGGGAUGUGAAACUGAGGCACGGAGGGAAGAGCAGCAGGUGUCGAUAAACCCCACAUGUGCAAAGGACCGUGCAUCUCUGCUGAGUCAGCAGCAAACUGGGCAACUUGUCAAAGAGCUGCAACAAACACAAAGAGAGCUGUCACGAGUCCAGCAGCUAAACAAGAGUUUGCAGGACGAGCUCCAACAAGAACGAGAGAUUAUUUCAGAGAAACUUCUUUGUGUGCAGAAUGACACCAGUUCUUCUUCAGAGCAAACCUUAACCUUCCAGCGACUGCAGAGGAUGAACCACAACCUCCGCAUGGAGCUCGACGAGCUGAAGAGGAACCAGGAAGAGGCCAAGGAGGCCGAGCUGCGGCGAAGAGUCGACCUCUUGGCCCAGCAAGCCCAGCUGCUGGUGACCGGGGACGCCACGGCGCUCGCUCAAAUGCACCUUGAGCAGGACCGCCAGCAGUUCCAGGAGCAGCAGAGGAAGUGGGAGCACAGCGUGACCUCCCUGAAGGCUCAGCUGAACGCCAGCGAAGAGAAGAGGAGGGAGACAGAGUCCCAGGUGGCCCAGCUGCAGCAGGAGCUGCAGAGUCAACAGAGCCUCCAGCAGGAGGCCGAACAGCUGCAGAAACACCUCCAAGAGAUGUCAGGCCAGCUUCGCGCUUACGAGGACGCUCAGGCCGAGAAAGAGGCCCGCCUGCAGAAGCACCUCUUGCUCCUCCAGGCGAGUCAGGAGAGGGAACGAAGGAGCCUGAGCGCCAGCCUGGCUCAGGCUGAGCGACACUCCCAGGACCUGAGAGACAAACUGGAGAGGGCCGAGCAGCAGCUGGAGAGCCUCGGCAAGACGCAGACGUGGACCAGACAAAUCGAAGAGGCGCAGCAGCAACUGCAGGAGGAGUUGGCCCAUACAGUGUCAGCCGUGCAGCGGCUGCAGGAGGAACGGGAGCGGCUGGACCGUCGCUGUGAGGAGCUGCAGAGCCAGCUGUCAGAGGCAGACAGAGAGGUGGGCAGGCUGCAGGAUCGCCUGAACACAGAGGAAACACACUACUACAACCUGGAGCACUCAUACGAGAGAGCCUGUGAGGAUCUGCAGGUCGCUUUGGGGAAGGUGCAGCAAAGGGAGUCUGAAAUACAUGAGAUCCGGGAAGGCUAUGAAAGGCUGCUGGACAGCAAGGAGCAGGAGCUGAGCGAGGUCCUGCUGAAGAUGGAGGUGUUGGGUAACAGCUUAGAGGAGACAGAAGUGAAACUGAGCGAAGUGAUGAGAGUUUGCACCUGCUCUUUUCCUCAAGACAGACAGAAGGGUCAAGACAGACAAACUCUCGAGGCUCCAAACUCUCAGUUGAUGAAGGUCUCUCAAGGAAGCAACAGCAAAUCUCUGGAGCAGGCGAGAUCCCGCUCCCGCUCAGUGGAUGCAUCGUGCCAGUACCUCAUCGCCGCGGGAGACGACUCGGAAAAAUUCAUGUCCGUAAUCCAGCUGCUUGAAAUCAAGCUGUUCAUCACCGAGGAGAAACUGAGAGACAUCACUCAGAGACUGGAGGAGCAGCAGGGUCACGUCAGCUGCCAGGACCCCCAACUCUGCUCCCAGCUGACCCAGAGCCGAGCCACGGCCCAGCACCUCAGCCUGCUGCUCCACAGCCAGGCCAAGCAGAGCCAGCGUUUCGCCCAGGAGACGGAGGCCCGCUGCAGGAUGCUGGUCGGCAGGUUUCAGGUGGCUCUCAAUGUCGUCCAGGCCUGCGGGGAGAGGCUUCAGGCAACUCCCGUCAACGCCCCCGACAUAGAGAGGCAGCUGGCCGGGGUCGCUUGCUGCCUUCAGCAAGGGGAGAAGGAUGCUGAGAGACUCCAGCAGGAGGCACGCAACUUGAGCAAAGAAGAGGGCAGGAUCCUCGGCGACGAGAAACUAGCUGGAGCUGAACAAGAGAUUGUUUCUAGAUUCGCCAACACCCAGCCUUCACAUGGCAUGUCGGACGUUGGGAAGUAUUUGAUCAAGGAGCUGUUUGUUGUGGAGAAAAUGGUUUCUGUCUUGCAGAGUCAAAACGGGAUUUGCGAGCUAUCUGCAGCAAAAAAGGAGGAUAAGGUCGAUUUGGUUCGCAGUUACAAAAACUUGAUCUCCAAAAUCUUGAGCCUAAAAGGUGAAGAAAGGAUGGAGUCCAGAGGAACCGGAUGUGACGGCGGUCAGCUUCUAGAGAGCCUGAUUGGAAGGUUCUGUGCUGAAGCCGAGCUCAUUUACGCUGCUUUGAAACUUCAGCAACAGAGCGUGAGUCAAAUAAACAGUCAUGAUCAGCGGGAAGGCCUGGCAGACAUCAGCCCCUCUGAGUUGUCUCCUUACGAUGAGCAAACUAAAGAUUCAGAUGAAGCUGCAAAGCAAUGCAUAAAGAAGCGAUUUGAGGAAAAAAAGGUAGCGGAGGAGAGAGAAAGAGGUUUGUUGGAGCAAAUCUUGUCUCGGCUGCAAAAGCGGGCAAAGUUCUUAUGUCAGGUCUGCCAGGAGCUUCCUGUCAACCACACCCAAGUCCAAGAAGGUAUGAACCAUUACGGGGACGAUGUUUCUGAAGCCGAUCUGACUUUUUUCCAGGAGCAGGUCAAGUUGAUGUAUUUGUCUGACAGGCUUUAUUUAGACAUAAGACAAGAGCUUCAGCAAAGCAAGGCGUCACAGAACAGUUUGCGAGAUCUUCGCAAGGAGCAGGAGCUUGGCAGCGUGAUGGAAGAGCAGGAGGCUUUAAACGAGGCCUUCAACCAGCUUCAGGACGACAACUGCGUGCUGAGAGAGGAGCUGGAGCGGGCCGAGCAGAAGGUAACGUCGGUGGAGACCGGGAACCAGAAACUCCUGGAAGACAUGCAGAAAAUCGAGGGUUGUCACAAGGAACAGAUACAGAAGCUGGAGGCGGAGUUUCAAGAGAAGAUAAAGGAACUGCAGCAGAUCCACGAGGAGGAGAUGAAGCAGUUGCACGGCCACUACUCCAAAUCGUGUGUUUCUAAAGAAAGGCAGCACAGACUGUGCACAGAGGAGAUUCCCAUCUGCUCUCUGUCUGACCAGGCUGUGGCUGAGCUUAAAGCACAGGAGGACGAAACCAAAGCUGACGGAGCCACUCUGAGAGAAGCUUCUCUGAAAGAUCUGGAAAAGCUGCAGGCUUCGUGUGAUCUUGGGCUCACUGCCAUGGAGGAGAUGCACAGGAAGAUCAUAAAGGACCUUCAGCAGGAGCAUCAGAAGCAGGUAGCCGAACUUCUGAGGGAGAAAGACCAGCUCCUGCAGGAGGAAACUGCUGCUACUCUGUCCGCCAUCAUAGCGAUGCGGCGAGCUCAUAAAACGGAGCUGGAGAGAAGCAGACUGACUCAGCGGAUCAGGGAGAGUGCAGACGUCUCUGAACUCCACGUGGAGUACGAGAAGGAGAUCCAAUUAUUGCAGAGGGAGCUGGAGGUGUUGUCGGAUCAGCACACGAAGAAAUGCCUGGAAAACUCUCAGCUGAGCCAGGAGCUGCAGACCGAGAGGGAAUCAGUGAUGCAGUACCAGCAGGAAAACCAGGAGCUCAAACACAAGCAGAGAGAGCCAGAAGAAGUGACUCAGCAUCCAGGAAACCAAGCACAGUCUGAUGUUUGCCAGAUGGAAAUGAUCCUGAGGGCAAAGGAGGCAGAGAUGCAGCAUCUCAAACAGGAAGCGAUCUCACUCAGAGAGGACUUAGAGAUUGCGCGAAUGGACAAAGUUUAUGCGGAAAAUAAACUGAAGGCGCUUCAUACAAACAACUACAAUGAAGCCAAGUUUGCCACUUGGUCUCCGAGCAGAGACGCUUCAGGACAUCGUGUCGAUGACUCUGUGAAAAACAACCCUGCGAUCAAAAAGAAAGAGAAAACUUCCUUCCUGCGUCAAAUACGAGGAUUCAGAUCAAGGAGUUUAAAAGACGGCCUUUCUACCCAAGAAAGGAUGAAGUUGUUCGAGUCAUCCUGAUUUAAAGGAAGUGAACUGACGUCGCAGGAAAUCGUCAUAAAUCUGUUUAAAGGGACGCUUGUGUUAUUGUUCCGCGGACAUCAUGUCGUGUGCUGCUCUUUUCUGUGAGGUAGUUGUGUGAAGUAUGACUUGAAGGUAUGACCACUAGAGGGCGCAAGAAACGGGCUUUAUUCUUCUGGCACACAGAAGCUCUGUCGGUUUUAAAUUGUACUGUACAAAUGUUGGGCGGCAGCUUCUUAUAUUUCACAUGGAUUUUGCAAAAUACUAGAUUUAACAUUGAUGUUUUCAUUAAAAUGGUUUAUU